GCAACAAGGCGGCGCACAAUUCACUGAUUGAACUCGGUAUUCACUGCCAUAGCCAUUUCACUUAGCAUCUUGGGAUAGUGUCUGGCCGACACUCCGCUUGCCACAAGUGUUACCACGGCCACAAUCUGCCGCCUUGGACCAUACCAGGACUAUUCGAUAUUGGACAUCUGAUCUUGCACCGCACAGCAGGGUCCUGAAGGGAUUCGUUGGCCGAUUGAACUUGUUAUAAUGGCCCAAAAUGGCGCGUCUGCCACAUGGACACCGUCGAGCUGGAAAGGUAGACCCAUUGUUCAAUCUGUGGAAUACAAAGACACCGCCUCCUUCGACCAAGCCGUCACCAAACUCAACACACUGCCACCUCUGGUAACGCCACGAGAAAUCGUCAAGCUGAAAAAUGAGCUGCGGGAAGUAGCGACAGGUAACGCUUUCUUGUUGCAGGGUGGGGACUGUGCAGAACUCUUCGACUACUGCAACCAGGAUAUGAUCGAAGCGAAAGUUAAGCUCUUGUUGCAGAUGUCCCUUGUCCUGAUCUACGGUGCGAAGAAGAAGGUCGUCCGUGUGGCCCGUAUGGCUGGUCAAUAUGCGAAACCGCGCUCUUCACCCAUGGAAACAAUCGAUGGUGUCACAAUGGCCAGUUUCCGAGGAGACAUUUUGAACAGCUAUGAGGCCGACCCAGCUGCACGUGAACCCGAUCCGAAGAGGCUGGUCGAUGCCUACUUCCAUUCGGCAGCGACACAAAACUACCUAAGAGCCGCCCUGUCGUCCGGUCUGGCCGACCUUCACGCCCCUCUGGACUGGAGUCUGGGGCACGUUCGCGAUCCGACGGUCCGCGACCACUACCAAGCUAUCGUAGAACGUAUCACAGACACUCUUGAGAUGAUGCGGACGAUAGGGCUUGACACUAGCGGCGGUCUUGAGACUGUUGAUCUCUUCACGUCACAUGAAGGCCUACUACUUGAAUACGAGCAAUCCCUCACUCGCUUGUUCAAACACCCAUCGAACACACCUCCACCUUCACUCCCCUCAAAAACAAGUCUCUCGCCCAGCAAACACCGAAAAACUUCUCUUCCUACACAACUUCCACCUCCCUUACCCCCAACUCAAGGCUACUAUGACACCUCUGCGCACUUCAUCUGGAUCGGCGACCGAACACGUCAACUGACACAUUCACACGUCGAGUUCUUCAGAGGCGUCGCAAACCCGGUUGGUGUCAAAGUUGGUCCGAGCAUGCCAGCUGCUGACCUGGUGCCUCUGCUCGACAUCCUCAACCCCAGCCAUGAAGUCGGCAAAAUUGUCUUGAUCACACGCUACGGUCACGACAAGAUUGCUGCACAUCUGCCAGGACAUAUCCGCGCGGUUCAGGCUUCGCCGCACCGAGAUACCGUGGUCUGGCAGUGCGAUCCUAUGCACGGAAACGGGCGCAACGCGACAGUAACAGCACCCAGCACCAACGGGGAAACCACUAACGGGACGACGACUUUCAAAACUCGGCGUUUCAGUGACAUCUUGUCAGAGUUGAAACAAGCCUUGACAAUCCAUCGGUCCAUGUCCAGUUACCUUGGCGGCGUGCAUCUCGAGCUCACUGGCGAAGCUGUAACUGAAUGUGUUGGCGGGGCGGAGGGACUGACCGAGGAAGACUUGAGCCUCAAUUAUACUACCUUUUGUGAUCCUAGGUUGAAUGAGAAGCAGGCGCUGGAACUGGCGUUCCUGGUGGCUAGCUUCUACAGGGAGACUCCUGAAACUAAGGGUAUUAGAGAAUGAAUAAAAGUCCUCAAAUCAAACAGAUACAGGCUUUCAAAUGUGAGCAUAGCGUUGCGACGUCUGGGACGGCAAGAUAUGGAAGAGACAAGACUGAGGGUUGGUCUCGGGUUUCAAUCUCAAAGAACAAAAUACUGUGAUAUCUAUGCCACACUGGCCUUUCUGGAACGCUUUUCAUACACUUGCUAAUCAACAUUCGCCAUACGAAGUCCGAGGGAU